AAACAUUUUCAAUUUGUUUAUUGCGACCCUGAGUUGACAUUUGUCAAAUACGACCAAACAAAACAAAAUUGACACUGCAACAUUAAAAUCUCGUGCAAUUCCAAUACAAAACAAUUUGUUUCCUGUUUUAACGAAUUAAGUUUUAAUUUUGUUGAAAGAGAUGUCUAAUUUUGAAUUACUUAGCGAGCAGGGUCUACGUCUUGAUGGUCGUCGUCCUCAUGAACUCCGUUGUAUCAAAUGUAAACUCGGUGUAUUUGAACAACCUGACGGUAGCGCCUAUUUGGAACAAGGCAACACAAAAGUGCUUGCCGCAGUUUAUGGCCCUCAUCAGGCACAAAGUAACAAACUCGAUUUGAACGAAGUGGUUAUAAAUUGCCAAUAUAGUAUGGCGACAUUUUCUACGGCGGAACGUAAGAACAGACCACGUGGGGAUCGUAAAUCACAAGAAAUUACACUUUACCUACGGCAAGCAUUGAGAGCUGCCAUAAAGACUGAGUUAUACCCACGUUCACAAAUUGAUGUAUAUGUGGAAGUUUUACAAGCAGAUGGUGCUAAUUAUGCCGUUGCUCUAAAUGCCGCCACCCUUGCGCUUGUCGAUGCUGGUAUUUGUCUUAAGGAAUACGUUGUGGCAUGUACCGCAUCAUUGAGUAAAAACAACAUACCCCUUACGGAUGUUUCACACGUGGAAGAGAUGUCCGGAGGACCCACAUUAACAGUCGCAUCUUUACCAACAUCUAAUAAGAUCGCAUUCAUGGAAAUGUCACAAAGAUUCCACCUUGAUAAUUUACCAGCUGUCAUGGAGCAGGCGUUGAACGGUUGCCGUGAAAUACAAGCGAUAAUGGAAAAGGAAGUACGAAAACAUUUGAUGCAAAUGGGUUCUGCUGGAGACUGGAGUAAUAUUGCUAAAUAAGUUCAAACAAAAUUUAAAUGUAAUGGAUAAAAGUGAAAAUUAGUUUAUCAAAUUAAAAAUAGUUUGAAUAGAAAUUUA